UCGUCGGCUGGGCUGUACGAAACCAGAACGGAGUCGGGACUGCCCAGGUGGAGUAGGCGCCCCAGCCAACGUGGACCGGCAGGCGCACGGGCAUCGCGGCGGGGACCGCACCGCACGGAUCCGCGCGGGGCAGAGCCGAGCCACAGCCCCACGCGCCGCCCAGGACACGCUCGUCACCACCACCUCCGCAGCACCCAUGGGGACCAGGAGACUUUAAAGGAGUUUGGGGUUUCGGGAGCAGGGAAAUCACGGAUCCCCGCUUCUGGCCCCGGCCUCGCCGCGUCAUUGAUGGGCAACCAACUGGACCGCAUCACCCACCUUAGCUACAGCGAGUUGCCCACCGGGGACCCGUCGGGGAUCGAGAAGGACGAGCUGCGGGUCGGGGUUGCCUACUUCUUCUCGGAUGAGGAGGAGGACCUGGACGAACGAGGCCAGCCCGACAAGUUUGGCGUGAAGGCCUCCCCGGGCCGCGCUCCCUGCCCGGAGAGCCCUAGCCGUCGCCGCCGCCACCACCUGCUGCACCAGCUGGUCCUCAACGAAACUCAGUUCUCCGCCUUUCGGGGCCAGGAAUGCAUCUUUUCCAAAAUGAGCGGCGGCCCUCAGGGCGCCGACCUGAGCGUCUACGCGGUCACGGCGCUGCCCGCGCUCUGCGAGCCCGGCGACCUGCUGGAGCUGCUGUGCCUGCAGCCCGCGCCAGAGCCGCCCGCGCCCGCCCCGCACUGGGCCGUCUACGUGGGCGGCGGGCAGAUCAUCCACCUGCACCAAGGCGAGAUCCGCCAGGACAGCCUGUACGAGGCGGGCGCGGCCAACGUGGGCCGGGUGGUGAAUAGCUGGUACCGCUACCGCCCGCUGGUGGCCGAGCUGGUGGUGCAGAACGCCUGCGGCCACCUGGGCCUCAAGAGCGAGGAGAUCUGCUGGACGAACUCGGAGAGCUUCGCCGCUUGGUGCCGCUUCGGCAAGCGGGAGUUCAAGGCGGGAGGGGAGGUGCCGGCCGGCACGCAGACCCCGCAGCAGCAGUACUAUCUCAAGGUGCACCUGGGUGAGAACAAGGUGCACACGGCCAGGUUUCACAGCCUGGAAGACCUCAUCCGCGAGAAGCGCCGCAUCGACGCCAGCGGCCGCCUGCGUGUGCUCCAGGAGCUCGCCGACCUUGUGGACGACAAGGAGUAGCCUGGGGGAAGCCGCCCGCCCCUCCAGCCUCCCCGCGCCCCGCUCCCUCCCCCGCACGCGGGCUCCCAGGCCGGCGAUUCAGCACCCCCCGACCCUCUUGAGUGGCCACCCGCAGCGGCCAGCGCCCGGGCUGCAGCCUCGCAUCUUUCUGGCAAGUGGCAGGUAGUCCCAGGAACUGGCCCCGGGACUGAAGGGGCCGCGCCCGCCCGGCUGAGAUCCCCAGUGGUGAUGAUGGUGUUGGGAGACCCAGCGUGCGCUUGCCCCUUGAGUUGGAAGCGAACGCCACUCCUCACCGGCAUUUGCCUGUGAGUCUCCCUUGCUGGCAGAAGGGAUGCCUUCCCGGUCCCCGGAGGAUAAUGGCGCAGCGAAUUUGAUGAGGAGAGCCGGCCCCGCCCCCCUGGACAAGAGAAGGCUCACCAGGUGUCCGCGAACUUGAAUCUGUGUAAAGGGCGCUUGUUCUCAACCCUAGAUGGCUCCCUCCUUGGGCUGCGUUUCAAAAAUAACCACAGUUUUAAAGGGGUUGGAGAAGACGGAGGGGAAAGACAUGGCAACAUUCCAGAAACCAGCAUUAUUACAGCACCAUAGCCAGUGUAUUUAGUUUGGCUUUUCCUAACACAGAAAUCUCAGAAGGUGGGGAAGUGGAAAUAAAGUCUUAAAAUCGAGAAAGCAGUUGUCCAAAUAUGUCAACAAAGCCUAUCGUGUUGAUGUUUUUUUAUUGACCAUUUUAGCAACAUGCUAAUAAAAUUUCAAAUUGAAAUUUUUAUUUUCAUGGCUUUAAUCCAUGAUAGUUUAAAUACUGGGGGCCAUUAAGAGUGGAUUUAGCUAAGAGCUUAGCUAACAUUGCCUUUUCACUCUAUUUUUCUCAAACCUUAUGAGAAUUCUGUUUUUGAAUAUUGUAGUUAAUUUUUUGGCUUUAACGGCAGCCCUAGUAAUGGUGGAGUUGUUAAUCCAUGUGUAUAUUGUGCUGAAUCUCCAUCAGUUAAGGGGUUUACUGCUUCGGUGGAAAUUGCUAGCAGGUUCCAUGAUGUUAAUUUCUCGAUGUUGUAUACCACUACCAUUCCACAUUUGCAUUUCUAUUUUUCUUCCUCUCCCCCCUGAUCUUCUUAAAAAAACGAAUGUAGAAUUGGUGGCUUUUUCCCCCUUCUCUUUAGCCAGUCCCACAAUUCAUUCCUGAAAACCGGAAAGAACUUCUAGGAUCAGGUCGAUCGUACGGUUUUCAAAAAAUUAAGGCUGUUUGAAACCCCUUCCUUGGGUAAGGACUUACCAACUUCUCUUCUGUGCUGCAGCCCCAGCCUGAUUAACUGUUACUCGAUUCAGUGUGUGUCAGACGCACCUCCAGCAUCUACGUCCCGUCCCUUCCAGGGGAAUUUGUCAAAUAAUGGUGUUUAGCUAAUUGUUGCAAGCAGUCGCCUACUGACAGUUGUGAUCUAGUUGGACAGCAAAUAUUAUGGCCAAAGCCAGUUUCUUGGCAUUUCAAAAACAAUGCAAUAAAAACUAGUCGAGGUUAGCUGCGACUGGAAAUGCCUUUCUUUUGUUUGUUUUCAUGGUAAAAUGAUUCAUCUCUGUUUUGUUUUUUGGUUUUCAGCCUGGAUUCAUUCCCUGAUCUUGACUCAAAAGGUCAGCUCAAUGAACUAUGAACUAGAGUAUUUUUCUUAAGCCUAUUGAGUGAUUUAUUUUUAAAAAAAUGUUUAAAUGCCUAUGCUUUUCUUUCAGCACAUACAACAGCAAAACUUUUGUAAUAACGAACUUAACAUUUGCAUGUAUGGAGAACUGGAAAUCAUUUAUUUCCCUAACUUAUUCCCCUUUCAAAUAACAGAUGUCGGAUCCUAAACCGAAAUUCUUUAUUGUAUCUACACAGCCCACAUUCUUUACUGUGUCCUCCUACUGUAUCUUGGCUCUCUGCUGUAUUAAAUACCAUCCUAAGCAUUUGUUCGAACAGGACUCCUUCUUGACAUUUUGUCUUCUACCUGUCACUCAGAGGGUGGGACUUUAGCAAAAGAAAUGAACGGUCUCUCACACCUGAGAUUUAUUUCCUCUGAUGGUACAUAAUCUGAUUUUGCUCUUACUAAGAGGGUCACUAUAAUAGAGGCUUAGCUUGAUACUUGCUGAGACUAGAUUAGCAAUAAAAAUAAGAGUUUGGCAGCCAAAGUAGCACUCAUGACUAUAUUGGUCUAUUAAGGAUUGGGUUGAUGAUGAUACUUCUACAAAUUCACGAUAGAAAAACACUAGUUACAAAGGGAACUUGAAAGGUCUGUAUAUUCCUUAUAUUACUCCUGAAAUUUUUGUUAUCUGUUGGUCAAUGUUAACAAUAACCAGUGGCAGAAUAAUUCUAAUUGUAGUACAGCAUGAAGAGGCUAUUAUCAAGAUAUUGUCUAAUAGUUUUAUGCUGGAAAACGUGUCUAUUUUUAGGACGUUCUCAAUGGGAAUGACAGCGAGAAGGUGGAAGGUCUCUUGGAAGAUGGUACCAGUAGACUUGAGUUUUAUUAUGAGCAGAUAUAAUAUCUCUGGAUGUUAUCAGAGUUAUAGAAACUAAGCCAAAAGCCUCCUGACGUUUUAAUAGAAGUCAGGGAUUUAGUCUGGGUUUUCGUUAUCCUCAAGAGAACAGAGCUUCAUAGUGACUUUCAUGGUGUUGAGUGUGGCCUAGCUAGUGGUGGGUCCCGUCAGUGAUGUGGUGCAGAAGAAAACUAUCCGUAGACCCCCAUCCUUUCUCACUUUCAGAAGGUGAUUCUGAAAAGCAAACUACUAAAAAAAGAUGAAUAUUUUUACUUCAGGGACUGCUUUGCUACACAUUUGGUAAUUAAGGAAAAAAAAAAGGAGGUAGAAUGGGGAGAAGGGAGGUUAGGCUUACUUUAAACAAAACCAGUCCUGAAACAGUGUUAUUCUCAAAGUAUAUCUUUGUAUAUAAAAAAAAAAAAUUCUGUAGAAGUUACAUGUAUUGCAUUUCUUUUUAAAAAAUUAAAAGUAUAUUAAUGAGCCAAAUAGAUAUAAAGUUCCUCAGUAUUUAAAAAUUUAAA